AUGAAAAUCUUAGCAAUAGUUUUAGCCUCGCUGGCUGUAGCCACUGCUUACUAUAGCGGCCGUAACCGCGGCUAUGGUGGCCGAGGUGGUUACGGAGGCGGUUACGGAGGAGGGUACGGAGGCGGUUACGGAGGCGGUUACGGAAAAGGCGGAUACGGCGGCUAUGGAGGCUUUGUAGGCGGUUAUGGUGGAUACGGAGGCGGCUACGGAGGUGGUUACGGAGGCGGUUACGGAGGCGGUUACGGAGGCAGUUACGGAGGUGGUUACGGAAAAGGCGGAUAUGGAGGAUUUCUAGGCGGUUACGGUGGCAAAUAUGGUGGUUACGGAGGCGGUUACGGAGGCGGUUACGGAGGUGGUUACGGAAAAGGCGGAUAUGGAGGAUUUCUAGGCGGUUACGGUGGCAAAUAUGGUGGUAACGGAGGCGGCUACGGAGGCGGUUACGGAAGCGGUUACGGAGGCGGUUACGGAGGCGGUUACGGAGGCGGUUACGGAGGCGGUUACGGAGGCGGUUAUGGAGGCGGUUACGGAGGCGGUUACGGAGGCGGUUACGGAGGCGGUUACGGAGGCGGUUACGGAGGCGGUUACGGAGGCGGUUACGGAGGCGGUUACGGAGGCGGUUACGGAGGCGGUUACGGAAAAGGCGGCGGCUACGGAGGCGGUUACGGAGGCGGUUUCGGUGGCGGUUACGGAGGCGGUUACGGAAAAGGCGGAUACGGCGGAUAUGGAGGUUUUCUAGGCGGUAACGGUGGCAAAUAUGGUGGUUACGGAGGCGGCUACGGAGGAGGUUACGGAGGCGGUUACGGAGGCGGUUACGGAGGUGGUUAUGGUGGAUACGGAGGCGGAUAUGGUGGUUACGGAAAUGGCAGAUACGGUGGUUACGGAAAUGGAGGUGGUUAUGGCGGUUACGGCGGUUAUAAGGGCUACUAA